AUGAAUAGAAAUUAUCAAGGAGGCGACGUGGGCGCCUCGGAUCCUCCCGCCGGGUCCGUCAAGCGCGCGCGGGAACGGGUGCAGGCGGGACUGCCGCGAGAGUCGCUACCCCUGCGCCAGUUGCCGACGAACCCGGAACCCUCGAGGGUCGACUACCCGACGUCGACAUCUCGCCUGCCGCAGGCAGUCGCGUCCGGGCCCGCGCGGCUGACGAAGUCGAGGCCCCAGCAGGCCGGGGACGGGCGCGCGGGACGCAACAUCUCGCGGCCGAUGCACGCACCCCAAUGGCCGCUCCCCGGUCCGGCCGCGUCGCCUCUCAGCCCCGGAGAGUCGGAGCCCGUCUACACGCCGUCAGCGCGGGCACCGCGUAGGCCGCCUCGCCCGAGCAACGUUCCCUCCAUACUCGACGAGUCCGAAGCACGAGAACCCGCACCACCGUUGACGGCCCGCUCGAACCCCCUCGAGAGCCCGGAUGUAGCGAGCGACGGCAGCUACGAUGUGCUGUCACCCGCGGUCGCCUCUUCGAGGCAGACCACCUCGUCAAUCGGCACGAUUCCCGAUUUCCCCGUGCCGGCUCCGGCCCCGGCCGCGGCCAGCGCGCCUGGUGCCGCCGCAAAGAAGAGCUCCACUCUCGGGCCGCCGCCGUCGGCUCGUCGCGGCGCAUCAUCUUUCUACUCGACCGCGUCGUUCGUGUCCCCGAUCCCCGAGGAGAGCCCCCGAUCGAGGUCGCACGGGUCCUACGCGUCGAGCGCCGCCAUGCCCGAGGCCUGGGACAGAAUCUCCCCGAUCUCGGGCAGCCCUCCAUAUGGAGAUGCCUUCUUCGACGACUCCAUCACGGACAAGGAGUCGACGUACGACGAGUUUGGCGACGAAAGCAAGCUGGUGCGAAGCGCCAGCAUCGGCAAAAAGGGGAAGCCGGCUCUCGUCAUGAACAGGACUGGGAGUGGCCGCAAACUGGGCGAUGCGAGGCCGGCGCCGUCCCCGGUGCAGCCAUUCAACGGCGGGACGGGUUACGUGGACGCGUCGACCAGCUCGUCCAAAUCCUUUCCGACCGCCAAGCCGUCGCCAGACACGACCCCGGCGACGACCAACCAGACGGCCCUCGGCCCCGAUGCCACGCCGGGGGCCAUCGGAAUCGCCAGCUCUGGCUUCGGAGACGCCGCGGAUGCGACGGAUCCGUCUCGCCCACCGAAUCGCCUCUCUAACAUGAGAAGACCGCCGCGCCUGGACAUCGAUGCCGUCAGGGCGGCAGAGGCUAGGGGUAGCCUGACCAGCCUGCCGGACCUGAUACGGCGGGCUACGAGGCUUGCCUCCAUGAUUGACAAGGGCAAGCGGCCAGGCAGUCGCAUGGACGACCUGACCUUUUUCGGUGAAAAGGGCCCGAUGAGGAACGGCGAGGGAUCACUAUCCGCUGACGAACGGCACCACUCCGGUCUCUCAGACAUGCUGGCUGCCUUCCCUCCUCCCGUACACACUCCCAGAGGAAAUCGACAGAGCAACGCGUCGUGGUUUCGGCCGAGCUCCUGGCCCGCAGUCGGCGACCAAGGGGCGCGGGGCCACUCGCGCAUGUCAAGCAUCGGGGGUAACGAUGGCGCCAAGAAACAAAGGCGUCGUUGCUGCGGCCUUCCGCUGUGGGCCUUUAUCCUCGUCAUCUUCCUCCUCCUGUGCCUCGUCGUCGCUGCGAUCGUGGUGCCCCUGGAGUUCUUCGUCUUUAAGAACCUCGGCAAUCACGGGGACGACAAGGAUAGCCUCGCAAACUGUCAGAGCUCGCUGACGUGCCUGAAUGGAGGCACAAACGUGGUUUCGCAGGGCGUCUGUUCCUGCAUCUGCACAAACGGGUUCACGGGGUCCAACUGUGGCCAGAGCGGCUCCAUGGGAUGCACUACGACGAACCUGGUGGCGACGGACGGGUCAGCCAGCAUCAACAACGUGACGCUGGGCAGGGCCAUCCCCCGGCUCAUAUCACAAGGUGACGCCAACUUUUCGCUGCCCCUGUCCGGAACCAUCGUCCUCGCCAAAGUGAACACGGCCAAUCUGUCAUGCAUCGCGCAGAACGCCCUCGUCACUUUUGACGGCUGGUCGACAAGAGGCGGCGAAGCCAAGGAUGAGGUGACUGACGCUAGCGGCAAGGCGGCCAGGGCGGUGGCAAACCGCGACGAAAACUUCCCCCCGGUGUCCAUCAUUACGUUCGUACCACGAGCUACUUCUGCCGUCCUCACCGGCGGCCACGUGGACACGCAGCCGACUCCCGUGCCCGACUCUACGAGUGGACCGCCCGUGCAAAUCAUCGUCGACACUUCUUCGUACGGACCCCCUGCCGGAAGCAAGCCGACCACGGCCAGCACGACGACCGGGGCGGGGACAGGCUCGAGCGCCUCUGCCACAGGCUCGCCGACUCCCGCCCCAACUGGCCUGUUUACUGUGACUGAAGAGGUCGUCGACUUCGGCCGCGUGGCCAUGCUGUACAUCCUGCAAGAAGAGAGCGUCAACGCGGCCGAGAGUGCGCAAACGGAGCUGCAGGCCCUCUUUAGCCGAGCGAGCAAGAGCAAGACGCAGCUCGGCGUCCAAGUGACGGAGCAAGAGGCGAGGAAGGUCAUCGUUGGAGGCGACAACACCAUCAACCUCGUCGACUUCACGGUCGAUCUGGGCAAAGGGCCGGUUGGGCGCAAGAACAUCAAGCGCAGCAUUGAGCCGGCGGUCAGCGCUUCGCCACCAGGCUCCGGCUGA